AUGGUCAAAUCACCAAGUAUUCAACCAGUGGUAACACCACAAAACAGUUCCAAGGCAGAUGUAUAUGCUCUCCACAAGGCACAUUCUGUCGAUUCGCUAUUCUACGGGGAAGAUAAGACUCCUUUCAUUGUUCGGUCUAUCUAUUCCUUCCUCAACUUUUUAUUCUCUAUUAGAUUGUUGCUGGUGUGUGUUCUCGUGUUGGUUGUUCUCGUCGUUUUGAUUAUUACCUGGUUCAUUGGCUUUAACACGGGUAAUACAUCAGUGUUGGACAUGAACACGAAAUUAAAGGAAGGUUAUGCGAAGAAUCUUGCAAACUACCUUAAUACUAAAUUCAAGCCAGCCGUUGAUUUGUCAACUAUUUAUAAGAAUCAAUUCAUGACAUUCAAGUGGGAUCUGCAUAUUGUAAAUCACAUGUAUAAUGUUUUCAAGGGUAUGAAUCCAGAUUCUAUAUUUACUUCAGUAGGAGACAAGACAGGUUACUAUGCAUGGGGAGUUCAGAACAUUUACAGUUUUGCUAAUGGACUCUUUGUGUCAAAGGAAGGAGCUGAUUUCUUUGUGGUUACUCCAAGUGGUGAAGUUAAUUUGAUUGUACACGUUCCUGGUGUUGAUAACACUCAAUCACCCUAUUGGAAAUUGAUGAAUGUUUCGAAUCCAAAAGAAAGUUGGACGGAUGUUGGUUACAAUCAGGUCGAUCCAGAUUUUUACAUUUCGUAUGUGACUCCUUUUUGGGUUGAUGGAGAAUUCCACUAUGCUUGGUCUUCUGUUACAUUCGGCAGGUCAUUAUCAAGUUUCAUGCAAAGCACACCAGUUUCAAAGAAUGCAGUGACCAUGUUAAUAGACAGAAACGGAUUAUUGAUUGGUUCUUCAUCUCCUUCUGAUCCUUCAUACAUUAUUAAGAAUGGAAUUCCAGUUCAGACAACUCCACUCGAAGGCAACACAACUUUUGUAAAAGAAGGUUACCAGAAAUUAUUAAGUUUGUAUGAUUUGAAGAAAUUGAAUGGAACUGCUUCUACUAGUAUUCAAUGGAACGGUUAUGAUGUUGACGUUAAUGCCAUUCCAUACAGUUACUCAUCCUCAAUUAAUGGAAUGGAUUGGAUUAUUGUAAUCUUCUCUCCACAAAUUGACGUGUUGGGAGACAUUUGGAUUCAAUUCAGAAAUGGUUUGUUGAUCAGUUUGGGAAUUAUGAUAUUCGGUGCUGCAGUUGUCUUUGUGUUCUCCUUGUUGAUUACCUUUCCAUUAUCAUCCCUUAGUAAGGAUAUUAACAAGAUUGCUAGAUUGGAAAUUUCUUCAAAAAAACAACGUAGAAGUUUCUUGACAGAAGUCAAAGAAAUUCAAUUAGCUGUUGACAAGAUGAAAUUUGGUCUUCGUUCAUUUAACAAAUAUGUUCCUAGCUCUCUUGUAAAAGCUUUAUUAGAAAGUUCAAAGGAAGCAUGUCUUGGAGUGCAAGAAUUGAAUGUGACCUUGCUCUUCUCAGAUAUUGAAAACUUUACAACAAUUUGUGAAAAGAUGGAUCCUAAUACUCUUGUUCAAUGUCUUUCUGAAUAUCUAGAAAGAGCAACCCAUCACAUUAUUGAAUCUGGAGGUACAGUCGAUAAAUUUAUUGGUGAUGCUAUCAUGGCAUUCUGGAAUGCUCCAUUCGCAAUUGAAGAUCAUGCUUACAAAGCAUGUAAUUCAGCACUCAGAAUUCAAAAAGAAUUGAAAGAUCUAUAUAGAGUAUGGGAAAAGAAGGGUCUUCCAGAAUUCAAGACAAGAAUUGGAGUUCACACAGGAUCUGCCUUUAUUGGAAAUGUUGGUACUCCUGAAAGAAUGAAUUAUACAGCAUUGGGUGAUAAUGUCAACUCUGCUUCUCGUAUUGAAGGAAUUAAUAAGAAUUAUGGAACUUAUCUUGCCAUCAGUCAAGCUACUUAUGUUCAAGUUUCGAAUAGAUUAUUCUGUGUUCCAUUAGAUUCAGUUACUGUUAAGGGUAAGACCAAGCCAUUAGUAAUUUAUGAGCUCCUUUGUGAAACUGAGAACGCUCCAGAGGCAGAAAUCAAUGUUUGUGAUUUGUAUGCUGAUGCAGUUGAGUGUUAUAGUGAUCAACAAUACAAGAAAUGUAUGGAAAUUGUCGAAAAGAUUGAAACCAUAGAUAGAAGAGCUCAUAGAAUUGUACCAAUCAAGGAAAAGUGUAUGGAAAUGUUGGACCUGUAA